AUGGAAAAUGAACCCGUUACCGGAAUAAACGAAAACGAUAUAGUUAUACAUAAGAUGAAAGCUGUACGAACGAACUUAAUGGAACAACUACGAGAUAUUGAAGUAAAAAUUGAAGAGAUCAAAUCGAAUAUUCGUCAAUAUCUUAAGGAAAACAAACAACAAAUGGCAAAACCUUUACUUCGAAAGAAAAAUUUGCUGGAAAAUACCCAUAAAAAGCAGAGCCUCGCUUUACAGAAUAUUGAGACGCUUUUAUUAAGUGUUGAAGAAGCAAAGCACAACGGCAUCAUCCUAGAUGCUUAUAAAAGCGGAUCGAAGGCUUUGCAAAAUAUUUUUGAUACUUCAAAUUUGAAUAAUGACACCGUAACAGAUAUUGUUGCUGAUGUCAAUGAAACACAUAAAGAAAUCGGGGAUAUACUUGCUGAUACGAAUCUCAAUGUGUCCGAUUCAUAUGAUGACAAUGAUUUGGAACGUGAACUUGCUCAAAUUACCGGCGAGAAUGUUGAAACUGAAACAAAAAUUGAUAAUACAAUCGCAAAUGAACUCGUUACCGGAAUAAACGAAAACUAUAUAGUUAUACAAGAUGAAAGCUGUACGAAUGAACUUAAUGGAACAAUUGCGAGAUAUUGA